AUGGAUAAAAAACUUCUGGAGGAUAUCGAGGCCAAGGGAAUGGAUGAUACAGGAGGCUCCGACAAUAGUGAUGUGCCUGUGGUUGAUUUGACAGCACAUGUCAUGAAGAGACCUGGCCAUAGGUCACAGCCACAUUACACUACUGAACCUGAAAGGACUAACAUGGGACUCUCAUCCUGCGCUGAAGCCGAAAGUGAUUUGCCAGAACUCAGAGACAUCUUGAACAUGGAUGAAGAAAGGCGGGGUAUGAAAAGAGAAAGAAAGCCAAAUAAAUUAUAUGAGGGCUGGUGGAGGCAUGCAGAUGAUCAGGACAAUGAUCUGAAUACUGAAGCUGGGAUGGAGGCUGACCUUGAUUCUUUGGCCACUAGUGCACUACAGAAACCAAAGAAUAAGUCUCGAAAACAUAAGCAAGAUGGAAAAAACACACCUGGAACCCAUGCCUAA